GUCGGGCCCUGCGGGUGGAGGGAAGGGAGUCAGGGCGGUCUCGACGCCCAGUCCCGACUCCGGCAGGGAGGGAGCGCGCUGCCCAAGGCCCCGGCACUCUCGGCUUUUCCUCCGGCGACCGAAUCCCAAGUAUGAGCUUCCCCACUGCGCCCCCGCUUGCUGGGGGUCGCGAACUCCUUCCCGACCUGCGCAGGCCCUGAGCUGCGUUCGCUGAAGCCUGUGCCAACGCAAAGGACAACGAAGUGCUGCGUCCGAAUUCAAGGGGUGCCGGGCAUUCUGACAAAGUAGGGCCCCCAGCACCGGUGCCUGUGCCAGCGUGAAUCGGGGGCUAAGUUUUGCACAUAAACUCACGUCGAAAAUUGUGUAUGUGGCUGCCAGUUGUUGAGUGCUGCUUCUGUGCUCCUGAAUUUUCACACAUUUUCUGAUUUAAUCCUUCCAAGAACCCCUGGAGGUGGGAAUUCCAGCCCCUACCCGGGCUUAAAAAGGGGAAUAUAGUAUUUGCCCGUGAGUGUGUGUUGUUGGAGAGCUUUCUGUUAAAAUUCAAGAGACUGUUUAUCAACUUAGUAAGUACACGUGCUGGAAAGACAUUGCCAAAGAAACUGAUAGAAACCGCACAUGGAAUAGGAUUUCGUCUCCCCAUACUUGUGAACCAAUGAAGAGAAAAUGGGAAGCAAAACUGAAGCAAAUCGAAGAACAAGCAUCACAUUAUGAGCAGAACCCAUUGCCUUCGGUGUACAGACCCAGGCUGUCCAAGCCAGGAGACCCGUCCCCUGUCUGGAAGCUAUUUCCUCGGCAAGCUCAAGCUUUUAAUUUUGUUAAAAGCUGUAAAGAGGAUGUUCACGUAUUCGCUUUGGAACAUGAAGUGGGCGAAGGACAGCGUGUUUACCUCGUGACCACCUAUGUCGAGUUCUGGUUUUAUUACAAGUCCCGAAAAAAUCUCUUACACUGCUAUGAAGUGAUUCCUGAAAAUGCGGUUUGCAAGCUCUAUUUCGAUUUGGAAUUUAACAAAGUUGCCAAUCCAGGAGCUGAUGGGAAGAAGAUGGUUGCUUUACUCAUCGAGUAUGUUUGUAAAGCGCUUCAAGAAUUGUACAGGGUUAACUGUUCAGCCGAAGAUGUUCUCAACUUAGAUUCCAGUACCGAUGCCAAAUUUAGCCGCCAUUUAAUAUUCCAGCUCCGUGAUGUGGCAUUUAAAGAUAACAUCCAUGUCGGUAAUUUUGUGAGAACAAUUUUGCAGCCUGCUUUUCAUUUAAUUGCCAGUGAGGAUGACGAAGAUGCAGGUGGGGUUCCAGAGACGGCAGGCCGUGGGCCUCCCCACUUUUCUGGGACACCAGUUCAGCAAGGAGCUUCCUGCAGCAGCCUGUCCACAGCGGAGGAGAGAGGGGAGAGCUGGACGCGUGAUUCUGGGAGGCCGGAGGGGCUGGGGUCGGCUACGCCAGGCAGCCCUGACCUUUCGUUCUUGGUUGUGAAGAAUGCCUCGGGGGAAAAGUGUCUUUUUGUAGAUCUAGGAGUUUAUACAAGAAACAGAAACUUUCGGCUGUAUAAGUCAUCAAAAAUAGGAAAACUUGUGGUUCUGGAGAUUGCUGAAGAUAACACAUUUUCUGUUCCACGGUCAAACAAAAUUUCUGAGGAAAAUCAGUAUUUCCUGUCUUCUUUGGUCAGCAACGUCAGAUUCUCAGCAACUUUACGAAUUCUUACCUGUGACACACCCAUGAAUAAACAAAAACAGCCUGGGCAUUUUAAUAGUACCACCACUUCAGUAGAAAACAUUGAAGGUUUUCAGGCUUCGCCCUACCCUGAAAUUGAUCAAUUUGUUCUUUCUUUGGUGAAUAAAAAUGGCAUUAAAGGAGGAAUUCGGUGUUGGAACUACUUUUUUCGAGAGCAAUUACUGGUUUUUGACAUUUGUAAAUAUCGCUGGUGUGAAAACAUUGGAAGAGCCCACAAAAGUAAUAAUAUCAUGAUUGUGGUUGAUCUGAAAAAUGAAGUUUGGUAUCAAAAAUGCCAUGACCCCGAAUGUCAAGCAGUGAACUUCAAAUCUGACCGUUCCCCGUUGCCUGCUGAAGUCCGCCUGUCAUUUCUUCUCGAAGAGGAAGAAGAGUUUACAACAGACGAAACAAUGAAUAACAAAACCAAGAGUCCUCAAAAGCCACCAUCUAGUGUGUCGUCAAAAACUGAAUUUUCUGAUGCUGACUGGGAUGAUGGCAUUGAUGACACUUGUUUUCUGGAAGCUACCGAAGAUGCUGAAUUAGCAGAAGCUGCGGAGAACAGUCAUCUUGAUGGUAACAGUGGAGGGGAGGAGAUUCCUGAUGAACUACUCGUAGAAGUCUACAAGGACAGCUGACUAACUGCGGAGACAUGCAUAACCACAACCAGGCCGUAGGUUUGUCUGAAGGACAUAAAUGAUAAAUAAGGUUUCGAGAGAACUGCUCCGCAAGGCUUGAUGACCUCAUCCCAGGACACCAGCUGGUUCCAAGAGCUGUGGCCUGUGAGUUACCUGAAACUCACAGAAAUUCACUCCUGGUGCAGAUCAGAACCCGGCUCAGCAACUCUGCUCGACCUCACGCCUCUUUUAAACAGAAAGCUGUGAUGCGGAGUUGCUAUUACUGCAGGAAUGGAUGGCAGGAGCACACCGGGCCCAGAAGAGUUCAUGAGGCAAAAAAGCAUCAUUUAGAGAAAUUACUUAGUGGAAGGUCAGUUAAAUGUCUUAACAUUGCCGAUCCAAAUUUCUUAAUGAUGAAAGACAAAAUCAGAAUACAAAGCCAACAUAAAAUAGAAAACAAAACCCAGCUAAUAACUUUAAAAUAAUUAACAAAGCCAAACUUCAUGUUAUAAAUUCUAUCUAAGGGAGAGUGACUAAAUUCCCCUUACUGAAUUCUAUAGUUAUGAGUUUGUUUAAUGUGGUUUUCUUAGAAAUGAAACUUGAGCAGAAAAGCCGUAGCCUAUACCAGGCCCAUACUAAUGGAAUGCUUUCUAGAAGACACCUAUCAUAUCACUGUGGACUUUAGUUCCUUAUUUGGGACUUGAAGGUAUUCAAGCUACCAAGGGCACCUGCUCUCGGGGGGGUGAGGGGAAGAACUAACAUCUGGGUCUAGAUGUCUAGUUCAGGAAAAGAGGGGAGACAUACACUCAAAUAUCUGAAUACUCCGUACGACAGAAGCACGGAGGCAGCACCGGGCACACAGAGCGUGAGUGGUUAGUGCGGUGAGCGCACCGCAACAAACAGGCAGUGCCUGCAUGUCAGGUUCCGCCGACUUCAGGUUUGGUAGCUAAAGCUCCAGCUCCACGCAGUAAGCUUUACACUAGCUGGAUAUUGUCCCAGGAGAAAACAGAAAAACACUAUUUCCAGACCUCCAAUCUAUAAAAAAAAAACUUAGGCUCAGGAGAAUUAACUUUUAGACCAGUGUCAAAACCCUAAAACUGAAUUGAGAAGUGAAGAAUACAAGUAUGUUCAUGAAAUAUGUGAUACAAAGAUACAAUUUUUUUCACCAACAAACAUCUCUAUUAGUCUGAGCUGGCUCUCAUAACUGUAGCAACAUCUGCAGCAAUAAUCCUGAAGCAACUAUAAAAUUUAAUUUAAUGAUAUACCACACUUUCUCCUACCAUCUUUCCUUUUUAUGUUUCUCAACUCCCAACGUCAUGCCUGCCCUUUUAGGGAUAAUGACGACUUUUUCAGAUAAAAAGGCAACUACUAGCCUGAACGGAGCAAGAGGGUGGUCUUUGGAGCGUGGCUGGUGUCUGUCCGUGACCACCGCCCUGCAGCCCAGUCGUUGCCCUGACGCUUGUGCAGAAAGAUGCACCCCCGCAGCGAGGCCCCGUUCCUGCCGCGGGGUCUUCUCUGCUCCUCUGCCCUACUUACAGCUAAAGGAGUGGCGCUGUCGGAACUUUGCCCGGUGUGAGCGAGCCCACUGGUUGGGGUGGACCGUGACGCUGCGCCUCCAGUCCUCUCCUCAAAGCCGGGCACCGGCCGCCACGGCCCUGCCCCUCCUGAGGCACGGUGGGGCGUGAAAACCGGACUCACCGUUUCCUUUACGUGCGGUUCUCGCUCUCGAACUUCCGAAUAAUCUUGAUGAAGCUGUUUUAAAUUAGAUAAGAAAUGGGCUGCAUUCCUGAGGGAAGACUUUCUCUCCUUAAGUUCAUCAUAUUUUAUCUGUAGCUGUUUCAGCUGCGGUUCUAACCUAAAACAAAAGAAUCAUUUUCCUAAAAAUGCAUGACACAUAAUGAAGUGUAACAGCCCACAGUGUAUGCAGAGACUGAGUAUUUUAGUGCAGCAAAUGGAGUUAGAAAAAACAGGCCUCGGGAGCUACUGCAUCACAGCAGGACCUGGGUGACAUUUUAUAGCCUCGGGCAGGAAUGGGCAACAGUAAAACCACAAAAGAAAAGCCUUCCCCUUGCUCCUUCCUCUUCUCAACACUGGGUCCAUUUCCAAGGUCCAAUAAGACCAGUGGGAGGAAAACUAGCCCAGCGUCUGCGUGGAAACCCUGCGAUGACCUUUGGAAAACUCUCUCAGUGGCUCCGUUCCCAGAGCCGGGGACUGAGUUUGCACGAGCGCCACACCCAGGUGUGUUUCAGUGGACAGGUUAACAAAACCGUGGACCUGCUCACACUGAGUCUUCACAGCGCCCUGUGAGGCGUUCUGACUACUGACACGGGAAGGCACCAAGGUCCUGGGAGGCUGAAUAACCUGCCCGAGGCUGCCCGGCCAGUAAGUGGUGGAGCCUGGACUCACACCCCAGGUCACCCAGUUCCCAAAUCUACGCAUUGCAUCACUGAUUAGGCUGCGUCUCAGGCCAGAGUGAGAGACCGGAGGAUAGAGCAGCGCUGAAUUUUCUUUGCUAAAAACUUCACCCUGCAGCGCAACCUGCCUUCGCCAGCUUCCAAGCUCCAAAAAAACCAAAGGGAUUUUAAUGGGACAGCAGCAGGUUUUACCGGCCCCAGGUGACACGCCCUUGCUCUCCUGGGUAGGUUCCCAAAGAGGAGCUCGGUACUGUCUUACCAAAGCAGUUCGUUCUGGACUUCAAUCAAACGCUGCCUUUUCUUUUCAGCAUCUGAAGUCAUCUAAGUAACAACAAUUUCUUUGUUAAAAUGAUUUCAUAAACGUUGGAGUACUUGGCGCACACUGUGCCAGGUGUUUGGGAGUACAGUGGGAAAUGAGACAGAGCCCACUCUCCCCAUCGUGGGACUUGGGUCCCGUGGGGAGACGGGUGUUCGUACGAACAGUGUGCCACUGCGGCGCCGCACCUGCUCUGACGGACAGAGCAGCGGGGCAGUUUACUCCAGGACUUGCAAGAAGUGGGGCCAGGUCUCUGCUGAGAAUUAAAGAAUUUUACUCUCCCAGAUUUCAUCUAGGUACAAUAGGCAAGUUUGAAUGGGUUAGCAGGCUCCAGUUUUAGAAGGAACAUUUCAGUGUAGUAAAUUUCAGUAUCUCAGCCAUCACUGUUAGUGACAGUGUAACACUCCAAUGCUGGACGUCCAGACUAUUCCCAUUUGCUUACAAGCAAUGCAGAGUUGACCAACGAGAGAUUAAAACUGAAGGAUAAAAACACCAGCAAAGGUUUGUAAUCACUGUCAGGAAACCGUGUGUGUUUCCAAUCCAUUUCAGUUACUAAUGUAGAGGGGAAGCUGCUCUUCCACCGCCGGAUUCACACACGUGUUGGGCUAGACCCUCGUCUGGGUCACCUGGUCAACCAUAAACAGCCAGGCCUGGUGUUUCCUGGCUUCUCUGCAGCACACCUGCUGGUGUUGUUUUCACAAAGGUGGUUCACCAGUCACGCAGCAGGACAAGGAAAGAGGUCUCCUGACCCUUAGUCCAAUAUUCUUCCCAAGCUGUCCUUUGACCCAGGACAUGGGACAGCUCUUCAUUCUAAAGACUUUGCUUUUCUGAUAUGUACAAAAGUGAUGAAUAUGCAUUACUCAAUACCAAUCCAUUUUGGGCUUUACAGCCUUUUCUAGGCUGACCAGGAUCCCCAUUCCCCAGUGUGCAUUAACAGUACUCAACCACAAGAUCAGCCAAGUAACAGCCUGCCUAAGAGGAUAGAAAUCUUCCACACUCUGAAGAUCAGAAAACCCAGAGUCCAGUCUUAAGUCUUCGACACGACCACAUACGUUAGUCACAAGUGAUUUACCUUAACGUUCUUCCUUUUCAGAGUUUUCAACUUCUGGACUUCAGUAAGCUACACAAAACAAAGAAGUAUUCACAUGGCAUUUUCCAAAAUUAAAUGCUUAUUAGCUUACAUUAUUUCACAUUUAUUUCACAACACGAGCAAUGUUAAUGAGUUCUUGACCACAUUGCAGCAAACGCAAUCUUUCUAAGAUAACUGUGUGCUCCUCAGGACUAGUAAAAAAAGAUCCAGACCAGUAAGUCUGUGUCAGUGAA